CCAUGCUCAAAUGCUAUCUGUUGAUGCUCAGUGUGAUGGAUUUGUUCAGAGCCGCUGCGGGUGGUGGUCAGCCCCAGGAAGGUGAAAGGCAGCGUGGGUAGCCAGGUUUCCCUGACCUGCAGCGUCACCGGCUCAGACGAGUACGAGCUCUCUUGGUACCGCAACGGCGACAAGAUCAACGCCGGUGGCAGCGUCCACAUGAACGGGAUCAACAAGGAGAACCUGGUGAUGGACGGCAUGGCCAAGAGCGAUGGAGGAGCUUACCAGUGCUUCGCCAGGAAGGGGAAGAUCUCUGCUCAGGACUUUGUGCAGGUCAUUUUAGAAGACGGCACUCCCAAGAUCCUGUCUGCCUUCAGUGAGAAAGUGGUGAGCCCCAACGAGUUCGUCUCCUUGACGUGUCACGUCAAAGGGACGCCGCAGCCGGCGGUGACAUGGACGCUGGACGACGACGUCGUAGUGAAGGACAGCCGCCACCGCAUGGGCCACAGCAUCACGGCCGAGGGGAACGUCGUCAGCUACCUGAACAUCUCGCACACGCAGGUCCGCGACAGCGGCGUCUACCGGUGCACGUGCAACAACUCGGCGGGCACGGUCUCCUACCAGGCUCGAAUAAACGUAAGAGGUGCUUGUCAGAUCAGCUCCUCCGAAAACACACACACAAGUCACACAAGACUUUAUCUUUCAGUUCCAUGUCUGUGA